CUAAAACAAGUAUAAAAACAGCCUUAGCCCCAAUACGUAAAUCACAAGUUCCUUAAACAAUCUAUUGCUCUUUCAACUACUAGGUUUCCCACUUCAUUUCUGUGCCUACUGAUUCUCCUCUCUUUCAACUUUCUGCCUUCUCAAGCUAGCUAGAGAAGGGAAGAUGAGCAGACCAGGAGAUUGGAAUUGCAGGUCAUGCCAACACUUGAACUUCCAGAGGAGGGACUCGUGCCAGCGUUGUGGGGACCCAAGGCCCGGAGAGAGAGAUCAUUAUGGAAGUUUUGGUGGAAGAUCAGGGGGCUCGUUCGGAUUUACGGGGCCUGAUGUUAGGCCUGGUGACUGGUAUUGCUCGGUUGGCAACUGUGGAGCUCACAACUUUGCUAGUCGUUCAAGCUGCUUCAAGUGUGGUAUGUCCAAGGAUGAAUCCUCUGGUGGUGGGCUUGAUGCUGACAUUUCGUGGAUGAGAGGUUAUGGCUUCGGCGGAGGCAGCGCCUCUAGCCGCUCUAAUUGGAAAUCCGGAGACUGGAUUUGCACCAGGUCAGGUUGCAACGAGCACAACUUUGCUAGCAGAACUGAGUGUUACAGAUGCAAUGCACCAAGAGAAUCAGGCAGCAACAAGUCUUCGUAUUAAUCAUCAAUAUCGAUCGCAUUUUUGUGUACUGCAGUCCUUCAAGGAGAGAAUUAAUCAACAAGGUUCCUGAGAAAUCUUGGAUUGACCAGCUUUCGCUCUUAGUGACCUCUAUUUUUGUUCAUUUGGAUAUCUGUGGACUUGUGCUGAGGAGCUUUAGAAGGACGAUCAUGCAUUGCUGGGAAGUGAGAUUAAAUUCAAGGAGAGCUAUAUGAUCACUAGUUAUUUAUUUGUCAGGUUUCUUAAAUAUAGACAUGUAGUCCUGUGCUGGUAUCGUUAUUAUCGAUCGAUCUUUGUGCUUUGAGACAGUUUCAAGCCCUUCAUUAUUCAGUCUAAGGUGUGUUUAAUUUAUCUAAAUUAAUGAAAUUCCUCUCCUUGUUGAUAGAGUUA